AUGAGAUUCUGUGCCUUUGCUUUAUUAGCUCUUGUUGUAAUUGCUGCUGCCUAAUAAGAUACUUCUACUAAUGAUAAUAGAGAAAAUUAAUAUAGUCAAUCUAAUUAUGAUGAAGAGGAAUUUGAUUUGUAUUUGAAGGAAUAUAAUUCUAUAUGCGAAAAUCUUAGUGGCUAAAAAUUUACUGAUUGUGAAAAAUAAUUAGAAUAUAUCUCAUAAUGCUACUAUUACUGUGUAGGAAACGAAAUUGAUUUUAAUAUGUGUUAUAAAAAUGAUUGCUAAACCGAAAAUGAAAAGAUAUAAGCUUUCUUUGAUAAGUAGCUUCUUACAUUUAACACUGAAAUAAAUAUGAAGGAAUAAGAAUCUAUAUGCGGCAAACUUAGUGGCUAAUAAUUUACUGAUUGCGAAAAAGAAUUGAAAUUAAUCACAUAAUGCUACUAAUAAUGUAAAUAAUCUAAUGAAUAAAAGGAUAAUGAAUUUAUCAUGUGUUAUAAAUCCGAUUGCUAAUCCGAAAAUUAAUAGAUAAAAGCUUACUUUGAUAAGUUGCUUCCUAAUACUAGCACUGGAAUAGAUACUCCUUCCACUAGUAAAGAUGAAAAGAAAAUUGAUUUAGACUAGGAGAACAUCAAUAAUACUGAAACUCCAUGCCAAGCUGGUAGCGAAGAAGCAAUAAAAGCUUGUCAAGAAGAAUUAAACAAACUCGAAAACUGCUUAACUUAAUGUACUGAGCAAAAUAAAGAAAACACUUAUGAAGUUAUCAGAUGCUAUAAAUCGAACUGCAAAUCCGAAAAUAAUGAUGUCUAAGAUUACUUUGAAAAGAAGAUUGCUAGUAUGAACACUGGAAUUAGCAUUCUUGCUUUUACUGUCAUAGUUUCAGUUCUCUCUUUAUUAUUAUGA